AGUUUAUUUUGGUUGUUUCGAAACUCGGUAAUUCGAAUAAUUUGUGAUUUCGUAGAUUGGCGUGUAUUUCAAAAAGCUGAAGUAUUAUUUCCUAAAAUAUGAAUAAGCUAAAACAAUAUUACACUACUGUGUAUGCUAUUGCAUAUUCAUCUUGUGGUUAUUAUCUAGCAGCUGCUGAUAAUUACGGCUACAUUGGAAUUUUUAAAUUAUCUCCCUUGUUAGAUAAUGAAGAAAAUGCUCAAUUGGAAGCUUCACAAAAAUAUCCAAUUUUUAAAUUUUCUGCUCAUACAGGUCCUAUUUAUUCAAUGCUGUCAACCAAGCAAUUGGUUAUCAGUGGUGGAGUUGGCGAAUUAAAGUUAUGGAGGUGGUCUGAUUUGAAACGGAAGGAAGCAAAAUUAUUAUGGACAUUUUUUAUUCCACAAGGGGAGAGUUUGACAAAGCCAGAAAUUAAUUCAAUGGUCUUAAGUGAAAAGGAAAAUAAAGGUAUUUUAUAUGCUGGCUGUGGAGAUAAUAAAGUUUACUGUCUAGAUAUUGAAAAAAAAUCUUUACUGUUUAUUUUAGAAGGACACACAGAUUAUAUUCACUGUGUAGAUUUGGGACAUAGUAGUCAGGAAUGUGUAACAGGCAGUGAAGAUGGUACUGUGCGUAUCUGGGAUAAUCGGAAAGGUGGUAGUGCUAUUCAUAUUCUUGAACCUUACAAGCAUCAGAUUGCAAACAGGCCUGAGUUUGGGAAAUGGAUUGGAUGCUUGGCAUUAGACUCUUCAGAUGACUGGUUGGUUUGUGGAGGAGGCCCCCAUCUCUGUAUGUGGCAUCUUCGAUCUCUUGCACCAUCCACUCAACUUCUAAAACCUCAAGUUACCUCAAAUGUUGUCACUUUUCAUGAAGAUAUGAUCAUAUCUGGUGGAUCUGAACCUUUUGUCAGCCAUUGGAGUCUGGAUGGCAAAUUACAGACUGAAGUCCCAACUUCUGCGUCUAGUGUUUUCUGUUUAGGAAUUAACUCCAGCUCUACACAACAGGUUCUAGCAACAGGUGGUAGCAGCUACAAAAUCGAUUUAUGUACCGAUUUCAGAUAUAAAGAUUUUUCUCUAUGCUUCUGUGAUCCUUAGAUUCAAUAUUCAUUUAUUUUAUGUAAACCAUUUUGUACUGAAUAAAUUAUAUUUUCAUUUUA